AGAAGGAUGGUUGUAAGUGUAGUAAUAGCAAUAGUAUUGUCAGCUACUAUUGCUUUGAUCUUGAUAUUCGUCAGAAAAAGGCAUGGAGCAUCAAAAUCCCCCGAGCGUCCUUUGGUUUCAUAUAGUUACAGUGACUUGCAGCGCAUAACAAAGAAUUUCACUGAAAAGCUUGGCGAUGGAUGUUUUGGUUUGGUCUUCAAAGGACUUCUAUCUGAUUCAGAUUUUGUAGCUGUGAAAAGACUUGAAGGGGUUCGACAAGGAGAGAAGGAGUUCCGUAAUGAGUUGAGAAUGUUGGGAAGAAUUCAGCAUGUUAAUCUAGUCCAUCUUCGUGGCUUCUGCUGUGAAGGAACCGAAAGGAUGCUGGUGUACGAUUACAUGCCAAAGGGGUCUCUAGACAGCCACCUCUCAAAAAUUUUAGAUUGGAAGACAAGAUACCAGAUCAUACUAGGAACUGCGAGGGGAUUAGCGUAUCUCCAUGAAGAGUGUAGAGAAUGCAUUAUCCACUGUGAUAUAAAGCCAGAGAACAUACUCUUAGAUUCUGAGUUUUGUCCGAGGUUAUCAGAUUUCGGCAUGGCAAAGCUCCUUGGCCAUGAUUUUAGCCGAGUACUAACAACAAUGAGGGGAACUAUAGGCUAUCUAGCACCAGAAUGGAUCGAAGGAGUACCAGUAACACCUAAAGCCAAUGUCUAUAGCUUCGGUAUGAUGCUAUUUGAGAUAGGUUCUGGUAGAAGAAAUUUAAAGUUGGCUGAAGGAGGGAGCAUCAUGUAUUUUCCUGUUCAGGCUGCCAGCAAAGUCAUCACAGAGGAAGUUCUUAGCUUACUGGAUGAGGAUUUGAAUGGUUCUGCUAAUGCUUCGGAGCUGAAUAGAGUAUGUAGAGUUGCGUGUUGGUGCAUUCAAGAAUUUGAGGCGGAUAGGCCAUCGAUGGCUGAAGUUGUCAAAACCUUGGAAAGGGUUUUAGAUCUGAAGAUGCCUCCGUUUCCUACAAUUCUUCAAUGCCUUGCUGAGGAAGUUUCUGUAGUUAGUUACUAUGAGUAA